AUGGACAAUUUUCCACCGGAAGUGCAGCAUAUUUUGGCACCCGCCUUUGACAUUCUUUCGGCCACGCAACUUACUCAAAUGGCUGAUCGGCUUAUGGAGAUGCACGGUUUUUUCAAGCCGUCUAUUUCAGCACUCUCAACUCCCUCAACUCCUCCUGCGUCUCCCAUUUCGCAGUUAGAGAUCGAGAUCAACAAGCUGGCCGAUGAUAUAACCGCUCUCCAGAAGCCCACAGUUUCUGCCUCCUCUCGGAGCCCAAUGAAGCCGUCCACCCAGCAUGCCUCGUCUAUUCAUUCAGCCCGUCCAAACGCAGCUGCAAUCUGCUGGUACCACACCACCUUCGGUGCUAAAGCCCGUCGCUGCGUCUCUCCUUGCUCCUUCACUUUCAAGCAGAGAAAACGGGUAAAACCGGUCAACCUGAAGGUCUGUGCAGCCAAACUUCCCGACAGCUCUAACCCUGGUCGCACAUUGUACGUCCGCGACACCCGGAGUGGCAGACGUUUCUUGGUUGACACUGGUGCCCAGCUAAGUGUCAUUCCACCCACACCAGCUGAUCGUCGGUGCCCCAAUCCCGGUCUUUUCCUACAGGCCGUCAACACAUCGCCGAUUACCACAUUUGGCACCUGCUCCUUCUCUCUGGACAUCGGUCUCCGGCGUCUCUUCCCUUGGGUCUUCGUCGUUGCUGACAUUCCUUGUGCAAUUCUCGGUGCAGAUUUCCUCACCGCUUUCGAUCUUCUGGUCGACUGCCGUCAGUCACGUCUACACGACAAGACUACCAUCCUCACUGUCCGGGGUAUCUCUUCUUCCGACGCCUCCCGUCAUCUUGCCACCUUGGACCCUGAACCCGAGAAUCCAUUUCGGCAACUCCUCGCAAACACCCCGGCCUCACUCGUCCCAACUUCAACGUUUCUAUUCCACCACAUGAGGUUGUUCACCACAUUCGGACCACCGGCCCUCCCGUGUUUUCUCGCCCCCGCUGUCUCGCGCCUACACGUCUUGCUGCCGCCAAGGCCGAAUUCGAGCACAUGCUUCAAAUGGGCAUCAUCCGCCAGUCUGAAAGCCCAUGGGCCUCACCCCUCCACAUGGUUCCAAAGGCCGCCACUGGUGACCGGCGCCCUUGCGGUGAUUACAGGGCCCUGAACAACGUUACUGUCCCGGACCGCUACCCUGUCCCACAUCUUCAGGAUUUUGCUGGUGCCCUAUUCGGCAAGUCUGUAUUCUCAAAGAUCGAUCUGGUCCGUGCUUUCCACCAAAUUCCCAUAGCCCCAGAGGACGUUUCGAAGACGGCCGUUACCACCCCCUUUGGCCUCUUUGAGUUCCUGCGCAUGCCGUUUGGACUUUGCAACGCCUCCCAGACCUUCCAAAGGCUUGUAGACAGAGUGCUUCGCGGCCUACCAUUUGUCUACGCCUAUAUCGACGACCUUCUAGUAGCCAGCUUCACCACCCAAGAAUACAUGGAACAUCUUACAACGGUGUUUGACCGCCUUCAACAAUUUGGCGUUGUUCUCAACCCGUCCAAGCGCGUCUUUGGUGUGCCCUCCCUACAAUUUCUAGGUCAUCUGGUGACUCCCACGACAUUUGCCCUCUUCCCUCAAAGGUUGCCGCCAUUCGGGACUUUCCACUCCCUGCCUCGAAGCGUCAGUUGCAACGGUUUCUUGGUAUGGUGAACUUUUAUCGCCGGUUUCUCCCGAACUGUGUCGAUAUCAUCCUAACUCUGACCAAUCUCCUCUCCGGUUCUAAACACGCUUUUUAACUUACACCGGCAGCACUCACGUAAUUUGAGCAGGUAAAAGCCCUUCUGGCUGAUGCCACCCUCCUGACUCACUUUCACGCUGAUGCACCCAUAUCUUUGAUGGUCGAUGCCUCCAAGGUUGCUGUUGGCGCGGUCCUUCAACAAAGUCUGCCGGAUUCUACCGUGCCUUUGGCUUUCUUCUCCAAGAAACUAUCCAAGGCCGAAACCCGCUACAGCACUCUCGGACGUGAACUUCUCGCCGCUUAUCUUGCCGUAAGGCACUUCCGGCACUUACUCGAAGGUCGAGAGUUCACAAUUUUUACUGACCACAAACCGUUUACUUUUGCACUUCGUUCCCACUCCGACAAGUAUAAUCCGAGGGAAAUCCGCCAACUGGACUACAUCUUCCAAUUCACCACCUACAUCCGCCACAUUGAUGGCACGAAGAAUGAGGUGGCUGAUAUGCUGUCCAGACCCUCACUGUCUUCCCUCCACCUCUCACACGGGAUCGAUCUUUGUGCCAUGGCGGCUGAGCGACAGCGAGUCGGUUGUCCUGGUAACGAGUCUGUUAGUGGUCUCCAACUCAAAGACGUUCCUCUGACCACCGGCUCUGGUACCAUACUUUGUGACGCCUCAACUCCCUUUCAUUGCCCUUUCGUGCCCGCCUCGAUGCGUCGAGCUGUAUUUCAAACUUUGCAUGGACUCUCCCACCCUGGGAUCCGAGCCUCUCAAAAGCUCCUCGCGGAAAGGUUUGUCUGGCCUGGCAUGAACAAGGACGUCAGAGCUUGGACUCGGUCCUGUCUGAGCUGCCAGCGCAACAAGGUGCAGCGUCACAACAAGUCCCCACCAGGCACUUUCCCCAGUCCCGACGCACGGUUCAGCCAUGUGCACUUGGAUGUCGUAGGCCCUUUGCCUCCAUCCAAUGGUUUCACCCACCUCCUUACCUGUGUCGAUCGAUACACUCGCUGGGCUGAAGCUAUUCCUUUGCCGAAUAUUCAGGCUGAAACCAUCGUGAAGGCAUUCGUCAGUCGUUGGAUCGCCAUGUUCGGUGCCCCAUCCACGGUUACGACUGAUCGUGGUGCCCAGUUUGAAUCGGCACUCUUCCAGACGGUACUCAAUUUCCUUGGCUGCACACGCAUUCGGAUGACAGCCUACCACCCAGCUGCCAACGGUAUGGUGGAACGUUUCCAUCGUCAGCUAAAGACCGCCCUGCGUGCCGUAGAAGACCCAGGAAACUGGUCGGACAACCUCCCCCUUGCACUCCUUGGCAUCCGCGCAGCUCUGAAGUCGGAUUUGGGCUGUAGCACAGCUGAAUUGGUUUUUGGCACUACCCUCCGACUGCCAGGCGAGAUGAUCACUCCAACCUCUCGUGGGGCCGACGAGACUCCUGACAAUCUUGUGCACCGUUUGCGGCAAUUUAUGCGCUCACUUUCCCCGGUUCCACCUCGAGCUCCAAUGACUGAGUCUUAUGUCGAAAAAUACUUGGACAGCUGUAUUCAUGUGUUCGUCCAGUGUGACCGCGUGCGCCAGCCGCUGGAAUCACCAUACGAAGGACCGUUCCGCGUGCUCGCGCGCAACGCCAAGAUCUUCCGGAUUCUUUGCAGUGACAAGGACGACGUGGUCAGUGUCGAUCGUGUCAAGGCUGCUGUUGCAGAGAAGCCGCCGGCCCCGUCACUAGGACAAAAAUGUGCUGACCCCCUAACCCCUGUUCCUCAUUCUUCCCUAUCCCGUGAUCAUUCACCCUGCCCACUACCUCGCCCUUCCCAUCCCUUGCCCUGUAUCCCUCCGUCCCGUAUACUUCCUUUGCGCUCAUGUCCGCAACCCACAACUGCAACUACUCCUUCAUCAACCAACAACAGUGUAACCGCGAGCCAUACUCACUCUACUCCUGUGCCCCCUGUAUAUAUCACCCGUAGCGGACGCCAUGUUCACUUUCCUGACCGUUUGGUCACUCAUGUUUUUUAGAUAUCAAUAGUUCCUUCGGCAUCGCUACGCUCCGCCUUCGGUCUAGCCGGGGGGUACUGUGGCGGUUCGCGUCUCCUCACCCUCCGCCUUUGUCACGCUGCCGUCCUGUCCGCCUCACACUCCGUGUCGAGACGCUGCUGGGACGCGCGUGUGCUCGAAGCCAAUCAACGCUGUCCCCACUCUGAUUGGCUGGCGACGUGGAGACACACGUCGCUAACGAACACCUCGAAGGCGGACACAGACAACAGCUUGCUCGCAGCGCGCUCGCGGCGACUGCCUACAGAGCCCUAGUGAACGUACUUCCUCAGGCAGUAAAGGUUGUCCAAAUCAAACCGUCUUCUCUGACUUUUGAUUGGGAAACUUUAUUUUGUCGACCACACAACUUUCGACAGGCCGUCUCCCUUUAUCCGCUGCAACUUGGGUUUAGUGUCUAAUUUUCCUCUAGAUCCAGCGCAUUUUGCAUAUUAAGAUGUGUUGAUGAAGCUUAUUCGUUUGUGAGUUAGAAAUUACCGGUCUAAGGCAUCUGGCCAGACACAGUUGUGCACACUGCGUCCGUCGCAAGUUGAAAUAGUUAAUAGCAGAUUACGAGGGUUAAACACUUAUCUACCGACAGAGUUCUCUCAGAGGUGCAGAAGUCUAUCCGACUUAGACUCCUGGAAGGGCACAAAGUACAGACAGCUUUUGCUGUACACAGGAAUUAUUGUCCUGAAGGACAUUUUACCGUCAGGUCACUAUAGACACUUCCUCAUCCUGUUCACGGCCAUAAGUUUGCUAGCCUCAGCGGACACUUACAUGUCAAGCAUAGGCUACGCUAGGCAUUUAUUAAAGCUGUUUACCUGUAAAUUCGCUACGUUAUAUGGGCAGGAACGCAUGGUCUACAACAUCCACAGCAUCAUGCAUAUUGCUGAUGAUGUCGAACGUCAUGGGGCCUUGGAUUCCUUCUCAUAUUUCGCAUUUGAGAGUUACCUUGGUCGUCUGAAGAGACUUUAACGUGGUCCACCCAGACCGCAACAGCAAAUAGCUAGGCGACUUAGUGAAUUUGACGUACAAAGUGUGUGUUCGCACAGUGGUCAACAGAUUCGGCUUCUGCGUAAGCACACCACGGGCCCGAUUCUAUAGGGCUUUGAUGUUUAACAACAGUUUACCUGCAUAGUGGGCACCGGUUUUCGAGUGGAUACUUCCUCAGCUAAUCGGUGCAUAACCCUAGGCGACAAAAUAGUCUGUGUAAAGAACAUACUUCUAGACAGAAAAGGACAGAUUCUACUAGUAUACAGCGAAUUCAAUAACAUCGCUGAUUACUUCCUGUAUCCUGCAGAGUCAUCAGCCAUGCAGGUGUAAACAGCUGAUAUCUCAAAAACGAUUGAUUGUGCACACUUUCCCAUGACCUUCUCUAAGUACGUUUGCUUUCCUCUAGAUAACUCGUACAUAUUAAUAAAUAUAUUAGGCUAUGAACAAGCAGCUUUGGCCACUAUCACUCCCGUCCCCUCCAUGGACAAUGCUCGUUGACCUACAACCACACAGUACCUAGUUAGUGGUUAACGAGCAUCAAGGGAUGUAGUGGACGUAGUAACAGGUGAAGCUACUAACUCUUAUUCUUUCCCUGUGUGGUUUUAGACAUCAAUGGCCACCUCUUCCAGUGACGAGGAGACUGGUCGGCGACAGUCAACUAGACAACGCCGCAAUCCCUUUGAUAGGCGAUACUGGGAACUUGGCGAGCCGCCAAUGUCACCGGUAGUAACUUACCAUAUGCUUACAACGGUUCCUGCUUAG